AUGGUUAUGAAACAAUACUUUAAAAGUGCAUCAGUAAAUCCUUUCGAAAAAUAUCUUGAAUCUGUUGAAAUCUCAUCAGUGACGAAUUAUCUUUCUAGAAGAUUUAAUACAAUUGCGAAAAGAAAAGAUAUUUGUCCAGUAAAUUUCCUCGGUGUAGAUCUUGUACGUGUUGCUAUGCCUGCAUCAUUAUUGGAAAACUUGUUAGGACCAAAAAAAAUGGUAGAAAUUCAUAGUGAAUCUGAAGAGACAAAUUUUAACAACAUUCGUCGAAGAAACAUUUCUACUCGUAAUUCUGAAAGGUUUCAUGAGAUAGAAACAAUCAAAUGGGAUCAAAAUGAAGAUUUUAAUGCUUAUACAAAGAGAUUUUACGAGCUUGCUGACGUUGCCGGACUGGAUGAUGAACCUGAGCAACGUCAAGUAGAAUUAUUUUUGCAAUCUCUUCCACCCAGUAUCGUCAAUAUUAUUCAAACACAAAUUAAAAAUUUUCAAGUUUUUCGUCAAGACUUUCAACCUACUUUAAAGCAAGUAGUUCAGAUUGCUACAAACCAUGUUGACGAACUUAGAAAUAAAUCAAUCCAUGAUGACGAACUUAGAAAUAAAUCAAUCCAUGAUGACGAAAUUAGAAAUAAAUCAAUUCAUGAUGACGAAAUUAGAAAUAAAUCAAAUAAAUCUUUAUCUAAAUCACUUUGGUCGUUAUAUGAAGUGAGUUUGAUUUUUUCUCCAUAUAUGCUUUCCGGAAAUCCAGAAGACUCUGUUUUUCGAGAUUUUGCAAAAUCAACCGAAGAUAUGGUCUCACAAAUCAAUUCUGCCGAUCUCCCAGGGUCAAACGAAAUAAUGAAGCACACUGUAGAUUGUAAAAUAACAGCAAAUUUUAUUGAAAGAGAUCCAGCUUUUAAAAAUUCCGGACCCAUAAUUGCUACUAAGCUUCGAAAGUUUGGUGAAAGUGUUAUGGAAGCAGGAAAUGAUUUACAUGUAAUGUAUCGUAAAGGAUCCUACGUCUUUGAAACAUUUAAAAUUGAAAUCCAAACUAUGAUGGAUAAACUUGAUGUUCAAGAACCUAAUAAAAGCGACUUCUUUAAAGAAAGAAUUAAGAAAAUGAUUUUAGUGGUUCAAGAUUUUAGUGAUAAAGUUAAAAGAGCAAAAGAUUCUAUUAUAGAUGCAGAGAAUAACCGAGAUGGACUUGAAAAAGAACUUGUUAGUGGAAUUAGGGAAGCAGAAAAGUUUGUGGAAGCAAGUGGUUACUGGAGGCCUGAUUCAGUCGAUUUGAGGAAAGCCCAAGAUGGAUUAGCUAUAGUUAAUAACAUUUUAGUUCAUCUUAGAAGUGCAGCUUAUCGUUUAGAUGAAAUAAUUAAGAAUUUAAGAAGAUAUGAAAAUAGUUUAUUUGAUGUAAAUGCUGAUUUGGAAUCCAUUUUUAUUGUUACUAAACGUGAUUUUAAUUAUUUGUUAAAUUCCGUAGAAGUUUUGCAGCGUAGUCAUCGUAAAUUUAUGGCAAAAGAAAAUAAUUAA